CUGGCAACGCCACUGCUAUUUACCUUCAGUGCCUUAUAUAUUAACAUUUUUUAUUUUUGUUUAUUUAUACAAUUCGACACAUAAAAUGUCCACCUUGAGUCGACCAAAAUCACCACACACGCCCACCACCAUUAAGAAGGGCGAAAAGGAAGACAGUUUCUGGGAUAAGUUUAGCACACUGGGACGAAAACGCGGCACUCGCGAAGUUAAGAAAAUCCAAGAAGAAGGCAAAUAUGCCAUCGAUUCACCUGGAUCACCCAACCAAUAUGAUAUACCACCAGAGGAUUAUGCUCUCCGUGAGCACGAACAGCGCGCUGUAAUUGAUCCACAAUCCAUCAACGAUCCCGAAGUGGUGAAAUUGCAAAGAAUCCUGGUCGAUUGGAUUAACGACGAGCUGGCCGAGCAGCGUAUUAUUGUCCAAAAUUUGGAGGAGGAUAUGUACGAUGGCCAGGUGCUGCACAAACUUUGGGAGAAACUGACGGGCAAGAAAUUGGAUGUGCCGGAGGUCACACAAUCGGAGCAGGGCCAACAUGAGAAACUCAACAUUGUGCUAAAGGCUGUCAAUCAUACGCUUGGUUUCCAUCAAAAAAUACCCAAAUGGUCGGUGGCCAGUGUCCAUUCAAAGAACAUUGUGGCUAUUUUGCAUUUGCUUGUGGCUCUAGUGCGCCAUUUUCGUGCUCCUGUUCGUCUGCCGGAGAAUGUCUUUGUCACCGUGGUGAUUGCAGAGAAGAAUGCUGGAGUCUUGAAUGCCCAGAAAUUCCAAGAGCAAAUUACAUCCGAGUAUGAUGACUUGGGUAUGCGUUGUGAGAAGGAUGCUUUUGAUACACUGAUCGAUUGUGCACCCGAUAAGCUGGCCGUGGUCAAGAAAUCACUGAUCACUUUCGUCAACAAGCAUUUGGCCAAAUUGAACUUUGAGAUUACUGAUCUAAAUACGGAUUUCCGUGAUGGUGUCUACUUGUGCCUGCUGAUGGGACUAUUGGGUGGUUUCUUUGUACCCCUGCAUGAGUUUCAUUUAACGCCACAGGAUGUCGAUCAGAUGGUUAACAAUGUGGCGUUUGCCUUUGAUUUGAUGCAAGAUGUGGGUCUUCCCAAGCCAAAAGCCCGUCCCGAGGAUAUUGUAAACAUGGAUUUGAAAUCAACGCUGCGUGUCCUUUACAGUUUGUUCACCAUGUUCAGGGAAUAUGCUUGAAAGUAGCAUAUCUAUCGGGAGCAAAUGAACGAAAUUUUUAUAACCCAAUCUAUAUUUUUCUCUUUUUUGUCGUUUUAAGUAAUUUAUGUUUUAUGUUUAUACUCUUCGAUCAGUCAGUGUCUUAACUAUACUUAGAGAUACAUAUAUGUGUGUAAUAAUGAUUGUCUAACCAAUUGUGUAACCCCCGCUGGCCAAUUUGUUAACUCUUCUUUACCAAGCCAAGUUAGUUGUUACUAAAUGAAUUUAUACAAUUUUAUUUUUUUUUUAUAUUAAUAAAAGCCUAUUGUAUAAAAUC